AUUAAGUGAAUUAUAAUAUAAUACUAAUUUUUAUUUAUGAAUUAUUAACAUAUUAAAAAUCUUGAUUUUGAGAAUAUAUUUUGUAUUUUUUUAUAAGAUUCUUAAUUAUUUUUUCUUUUUAAUUUAAAUUAAUAUAAUUUCCAUAUAAACCUUUAAAAAUAAAUCGUUAGUAUAUUUAUUUAUAAUGAUUAAUAUUUCAUAAGAUUAAAAGUGUAUUCAAGAUUUGAGGUUAUAUAUAAUAUAAAGAAAUCGUUUAUAAAUUACUUCGGUUAUAUAAAAAUCGGAAUGGAUGGUUUUCAAUGUCAUUUGCUUCCAUAUUGCAUCCGCGUUAAAUUAGGCAGCAGCAGCAUGCGCAAUUACUUUCAAAAUCCUAAACUUCAUAAAAAUGAACAUAUUUAUUUCAUGGCCUCUAACACCCAUCGCUAUUUAUAGAACUAAAAAUGCACCUCUGCGCGACAUGUAAUAGUGUAACCUCAGACGUUCUUACCCUCCUCCUUAUCUGUCUUUCAGAAUUUCGAGACGAACAAGAAGCUCUAUGCAUGCGCAACGGCAAACUCUAUAAUACCAGAUUCAAUAUCUAUGAGGGAUCUAAAUUUAAACACCACCGCAACAUUUUCGAGAUUGAGAAAUCAAGCAAAGACUGUAACCUAUGCAAAGCCAUAUUUCAAGUCUUUAAAAGAAUCAAUGUUCAGGAUGUGGAAGUUGCAAGGGGCUGGCAGAUCUUCUUUCGUAUAUCCGGUACAAAGAUUGAAGUAUGUUUUGAUACGAAAACAAAUGAAGGAUUGGCUAAAUUCUGCGGUCUUGAUGUAUACAUGGAUGAGCCCGAUAGUGAGUAUUAUCUCUAGUAAUUGUGUAGGUAUGGAACUCAUUUUUCUCUGCAGUCGAAGAACUUUUCCGGGUAGCUCGGAUAAAAGAGGAUGAUUCGCCGCCUAUUUUGAAAAUAAUGGAGAAGGACCCUGCUUCCAAAAGAUCAUUUGAAAUUGCUUCCGGAUGGUUAAACAACUGUGUAGAGAGUCAUUCCUCCUGCAGGCCUCCUCAUGCUGAGUUCCACAAACCGCCUAGACGGCUAAUUCACGUCGGCAAUAACACUCAGGAUCUCUUUUUAAUAGAAGCCUUCCCUGAUCCUCAACUCGUGAAAUGGGUUUCGCUAAGCUAUUGCUGGGGAGAAGAGCCUUCGAUGAAACUUACCAAUGACACUAUGAAUGAGUUGAAGAACGGAAUUUCUUUGACCAAUUUCGAUGCUACAAUUCAAGACGCUGUACUGGUCACUCGGGCUUUGGGAAUCUCGUACAUUUGGAUCGAUGCACUUUGCAUCCUCCAGGAUGGUAAGGAAUGGGGCGAAGAGGCCUCUAAGAUGAAUGAAAUAUAUGGAAGAUCAAUAGUGACUCUUGUUAUUGCCAGUUCAGAUUCUGUAAAGAAUGGAUUCCUGAAGGAACGCAACCUCAACUAUAUUCCUGUUGCAUAUUCCAUUGACCUAGCAGAUAAUCAUAGAGCAAAAGUAUUCUUAUCACCAGAAUGGGAUGAUAGUGAAGGCGAAUAUAGCUGGCCCUGGAUUCAACGGGGUUGGACAUUUCAAGAGGGACUACUUCCCAAUCGUUUAUUGUACUACACAUCUUCUCAAAUUAUCUGGAAAUGCUGUGAGGAACAGAGAUUCGAAAGGGGCGUAACAGAAAGUGUCAAAGAUAAAGUAUCUGAAACCUUGACUUAUUCUGAUUUUGAAAACUUAACAUUUGGAUCCGGAUUUAUUUGGGAAUUGCCGGCAUUUCUGUCGUUCAAAACAUUUAAAAAAUAUUUACCUUCCUGUUUGGAUUAUCCUUUGUGGUCGGAGUCAGAAACAUUUCGAUUGUGGUACGACCUAGUCGAGGAGUAUACUCAGAGAAGGUUUGAAAGGAUCACCGAUCGUCUCGUGGCCAUCUCAGGUCUGGCUAGAAUAUAUAGCGGCAUGAUUCGAAACCCUACAUAUGUGGCUGGUUUGUGGAAAGAGGACCUCAUUCGGGGGCUCUUAUGGCACAUUGAAGGUGCAACGCUCAUUCCUAAGCGUUCUGCAAACGAUAUAUCACCUCUUCAUGGGGCUUUUCCAUCCUGGAGCUGGGCCAGUGUUGGAUAUGAGAUUGUUAAAAAUGACUUGAAGACUAAGGAUGGUCUCCGUGAUUUAUCAGAAAUCGAGAAUAUACAGAUUGAUCUUGCUGAUCCACAAGAUCCCUUUGGUGCUCUAAAUAGUGGUAGUGUCACCAUACGUGGCCCAUUAAGGAGACUACCAAGGCUUUAUAACAAGGAAUGGGCAUCAGCAGAAACACCAAUGUCAAAACUUGAGCGUUAUAUUUCUGAAAUCGUGGAGAAGGAAAGUCAUGGAAUUGUUACACACAAAUACCCUUCUCUACCCGGAGUCCAUUUUAGUGUUCUGCUGAUGCUUAGUGGCCUAUGCUCGCUGCAUUUACUUGUGUUGGAAGCUACUGGUGAUAUUCUAAAUGGAAUCAAUGUCUAUCACCGAGCUGGGAUACUCAAACUCCGGUAUUUUGAUCCUUCAAAUGACGCACCGCCUGAGCUUAUUGCCCAACUGGAGGAUUUGGAAACUCCAAUCACUGCGCGGCUCGGUCUGUGUAAGAAGCCCGACAAGAUGCUAAAGAUUUCAAACGCUGUAUUUAUGGAGGUAAAUAAUGGGAAAUGGGAAAACGAAACGGUGAUGAUAGUCUAAACCAUGGUUGAAACUCUAUCGCAUUAACCAAGUAGACAGCCCCCGCUUCACAAAUAUAUAUCAAAUUAUAAUAUCAAGAUUCAAAUAUAAAAACAAUACAUUAUUAUAUUAAUAAAAACUUGGAAUUAUAUUAUAGAUAUAUAAUAUUAAAAUUAACUAAAAUUAAAAUAAGAUAAUUAAAUAUUUAUAUUAAUUACUUAUUUAUAUAUUCACUAAAUAAACAAAUAAUAAAAUUAUCAAAAUAUAGAUUUUUUUAUAUAUUUUACAAAA